AUGGGUUUAGAUAAUCAAAAUAAAAAGGAUGAUGACCAAAAUGACGAGCCUGCAAAUAAUCAAAAUUCGAAGAGAAAAAAUGAAGGAUUCUUAUUUAGAGGAUUAAAAAGAUUUAAACAAAAGUUACAAGGAACAGAAGAAGAGGAAGAUAAUGCUGAAAAUGUGACAAACGAUAAAAAUGAUCAGGAUAGCCACGAUGACGACGAUCUAAUAAUUAAAAACAAAAGAAGCAAAAAAAUUAUAGAUGAAAAUGAUGAUGAUGAUGAUGAAGUGGUAAGUGAUAAAAAUGAAAAUCAACAAAAAAAGAGUACGCUAAAAAAGUCAAAUAAAAGGAAAAUGGAGGAAGAAGAAGAAGAUGAGGAAGAGGAGGAAGAGGAAGAAGAGGAGGAAGAAGAAGAAGAAGAUGAAGAGGAAGAAGAUGAAGAAGAGGACGAAGAUGAAGAAGAAGAAGAAGAUGGAGAAGAUGAUGAGAUGAAAGGAUUUAUUGUUGAUAGUGAUGAAGAAGAAGAUGAAGAAGAGGAAGGAAAAAAAAAAAGAAGAAAAAAAAAAAAAAAAAAAAAAUAUGAUUAUUUUGAAAAUAAAAGUUUAGAUGAAGAAGAUCUAGAAUUGAUUGCAGAAAAUACAGGUAUCAAAGUUGCAAGAAAUGAAAAAGAUACAAAACAUAGACGAUUAAAAAAAAUAAAAGAUAUCGAAUCCAAUGAUGAAUAUGAUGAUAAUGCUAGUAACCUAUACAAUGAUAGAAGUGAUAAAACUUUAAAUGAUGAUUCAUUUUAUAAAGAAAAUAAAAAUAAUAUAAAUGAAAAUCAAAUAGAUCAAUUAAAACAUAAAAGCUAUUUUAUUGAUGAUAGUGAAAGUAAUUUAAAAAAACAAAAAAAUGAUUUUAAAAAUAAUUUAUUUAAUUACGAUGAUAAUAUAUUUGAUACAGAACAAAAUCAACAAUCUGAUAAUGCAGGUGAAGAAAUAAUAGAUGGCUAUCAAAAUAAUUCAGAACAUAUUGGAAAAGCAGAUUCUUAUAUUCAUGAAAUGAUUAGACAAACAUUUGGAGAUGUAAAUACUGUUCUUGACAUAAUUAAUGUUUCACCAGUUAAAAAAAAAAAAAAAUAUGAAUAUGAAAAUGAGGAAGAUGAAGAAGAAGAAGAAGAGGAAGACGAAGGAAGUGACUUAUUCUCAAAAAAUCAAAUAUCUGAUGAAAAUAAUGAUAUAAAAUUUAAGAAAAAAAAAAAAAAAAAAAAAAAAAUAAAUACACUUCUUGAUGAUAUACAUGAAAAUUUAAAAAAAGUGGGAAUGGAUGAUGAUUCUGAUUAUGAUGUUAAAGAUGACGAAAUUGAUGAGUUAGAAAAUGAAGAUGGAGUUUUAGAAAAAGUUAGUGAAGAUCAAAGUGAUGAAAUACAAACUGAAACAAGCAGUAGCAGUGAAACAACAAGUGUUGAUGAUAAUUAUACUAAUGAUUUAAGUAGUGAACAAAAUGAAAGUGAUGAGUUAUAUGAAAAAGAAUAUGAUAAUAUUUGUGGAGAAGGUAAUGAUGAAUAUGAAGAAUAUAAUUAUUAUGACGACGAAGAUCAGGUUGAUGAUGAUGACGAUGACAGUACAAGUAUUCAUGAAAAAAAAAAUAAAAAUAAAAAAUCAUCUAUAUUAAAUGAAAGUAAUGCUAUUGUAAGCAUAAAUGAUGAUGGAAAUUUGUUCGAUGAAGAUAUUGGUCAAGAAAAAAGUGAUAAAAAAAAAAAGAAAAAAAAAAGUAAUAAACAAAAAAAGAAAGGAAAAAUAACAAAUCUAGAUCUUGCAUCAAAUAAAUGGAAAAAAAUUGUAGAACCAGAUGAAGCACUUAAAGAAUUACUAACAAAAAAAGACAACCUAAUUAGAUAUUCUGACAUCCCAGAAAGAUAUUAUUUUAAUUAUGAAAAUCGAAAAAAAAAAUUAACAAAAAAAUUAUUAUUAAUAGAAUCUAAAUGGAUUAUAAAUAAAUUAAAAGAAAAAUAUCCAUACUAUUUUACUUUAAAAAAUUUUGAAAAAAUUAUUGAAGAAACAUAUGAUAAUGUUUAUCAAGAUAUAAAUCCUAGUGAUUUUUUGUCUGAUCAAUUUUUAAUAAAAAAAUGUAUAUUAACAUUAAAAUUAUUAAUAGAAUAUAAAAAUGAAAUACCUUUUAUAUUUUUUCAUAAAUCUUUUUUAAUAUUUCCACCAUUUAAUUUAAAUAUUUUAUGGGAUAUAUUUGAAUUAGAUAAAAUAUGGUAUAAACUUUAUAUCAAAAUUAGUAAGCUAAAAAAUAAAUUGAAAUUAUUAGCUACCCAAAAUAAUAAAGUUAAUCCAAACAUUUUUAUACUAUUAGAUAAAUAUAAUGAAAUAUAUUAUGAAGAUAUUAAUAUAUAUUAUUAUUAUUUAAAAAAUAAUCUUAUCAAUUUUUGUACAAAUAUUCAAAAUCAAACAGAUAAUAAUAAUUUCAAUUUCGGGCUCGAUGAUACUAAUGUGUUAUGCAUAGAAAAUGAAAAAGAACAAGAUGUUACUAACACUUCUGAUAAAGACGACAAAUAUUUGAAGGAUGAUUUAUUUGGUGAAGAUUUAAUAGAAGAAAAAAAAGAAAAUGAUAAAUUGAAAAAUAAAAAUGAUCAAAGUAAUAUACAAAAAAUUGAUUAUAUUGAACAAAAUAUACCUGGAUUACAAUUUCUUAAUUUUGUAAAAAAAAAUAAAUUCAAUAUAUGGGAUAAAUAUCUUCUUACAACAGAUGAAUUUUAUGAAAAUAUUUCAUAUAUUUUUGAUCUAAUAAAAAAUGAAAAAAUAUAUUCAUUAAAUAUUGAUAAUGAAUAUGAUGAUACAUUUUCAUAUGACAAUCGAGGAAGAAGAUACGAUAAAAAACGGCAUGAUUAUAAAUAUAAUUUAGAUAAAGAUGAAAACUAUUUUAAAUAUGAUUGUUCUAAAAUAAAAAAUAUAGUAACUAAUGUACCUGAAAUAUAUGGAAAUAAUUUAAAUAUCGAGUUUCAAAUUGAUGAAUGGUGUAAAUCAUUUUUUUCAAGAGAUGUUGCUAAUAAAGAUAUUUAUAAAACUCUUAUUUGCUAUUAUUCAAAAUUGUUAGCAUCUCAUCCUUGUAUAAAAUAUAUUUUUCGAUUCUAUUUUUUGAAAUAUGCAUCUAUAACAACAGUUAGUACACCAGAAGGUGAAGCACACAUAGACACAAGUAACCCUGACUAUUUGUCAUAUAGAUUAUUUAGAUUCCCUGCACAUCUAUUACUUAAUCAUAUAGAUGAAAAACAUUUUAUGAACAACCUUCAAUCGAAUCCAAAUGAUUCAGGAAGAAAAAAUACAACUCGGGAAUCAAACUGGGACGUUAAAGUUAAAGAAAAUGGCGAAGAAAAUAUCGACAAAAAAAAUGUUGACACAAAUAAUGGCAUAGAUAAAAGUGACAACCUUUUAAAUAGUCAUGAUCCAUGCUAUGUCCACAAUUACAAUGUUGAUUAUUUUAAUACAAAGUUAGAUGAAAGUGAAAUAGGUAUAGAAACCAAAAAAAUAGAAUUAGAAAAAUAUUAUAAUUUACAUAAAUAUAAACAUAUUUAUUUAGAAAUUUUAAAAAAUAAAGAUAAUAAACUUCUUAAUCUAAUCAUUCAUCCAAUUUUACCAAAUGAAGAUGUCCCAUGGAAAAAUGAAAACUUUAAUGAAAGAGAACAAUUGAAAAAAAAAAAAAAAAAAAAAAUAUUUAUAUUUCAAAAUAGUAAUAAUCCAUCAAAAUAUAAAAGAGAAUUAGAUGUAAAAUCAUAUUUUGAUAAUGAAAGAAAUAAAUUAAUAAAAGCAGAAAAUUUAGAUAAUGAUUGGAUUAAUAAUAUACUAAAACAAUUAUCUUAUGCUUAUUGUUAUAAUGAUAUGGAAAAUAAUAAUGUUUUUGUUUAUAUUCAAAAAAAAAUCCUAAACAAUUUUUUAUGUAUCGAAUUAUUGCCAUUAUUUAAAAAAAAUUUAGAGAACCUACUACUAGCAAAUGCCCAAAAUUGGCUCAUGGCAUAUAUGCAUCAAUCUUUUUACUUAACUUUAAAUGUUCAACCAAUUGACAUUUUUAAGGAUAAAAAAAAAAAAAAAGAUAAAAUUAAUAAAAAAAAAAGUAAUAAAGACAUUCUAAAUGAUUCUUCAGAAUAUGGAUUAGAUAACUAUUCCUCAGAUUACAAAAAAAGUGACGGCUCAUACAGAAGUUAUACUGAUGAAAGUAUUUCAAAAAAAAAACAUAAAAUAAAAAAAAGUAAUAAAAAAAAAUACUACUCCGACGAUUCAUAUAGUAGUACUAAUGAUAAAGGAAAUAAGAAAAAAGGAAAAAUUAAAAAUAAAGAUGAUGAAAAUAAUAAAAAAAGUUCAAAUAAAAAUAGUUUAAAAGAUAAACCAGAUCUAUUUGAUUCAAGUUAUUCAUCAGAUAAUAAUUCAUAUAAAGAAGAUAAAAAUCUUAAUAAAAAAAAAAAAGACAAAAUUCAUAAAAAAGAACAUGAUGAUAUUGAAAAAAAACAUUAUCUAACUUAUGACAAUUAUUCAGAUAAAUCCGAAAAAAGUUAUAUAUCUAAUAAAAUUGAUGAAAAAAAAAAAAAAAGAGCUAUCAUAAAUAAUAUUAAAAAAAAUCAUAAUGUAUAUGAAGUAGUAUCUAUAAUAUGUGAGCCAAUUAAUUUUGGAAUAAGAUUACACAUUGUAGCAUGUGAUAUAUAUGGUGAUAUUAUCGAAUAUAUCUAUUUAGAUAAUAUAUAUAUAGAUAUAGUAAAAAAAGAAAAAACUAUUAUAGAACAAGAACAAAUAGCUAACGAUAUUAAUAUCUUCUUAUCAUUUUUAAAAAAAAUUAAACCUGAUAUUAUAUGUGUUGGAAUUAGAGAUAUACCAUCUUAUAUGAUAUUUUCAUACAUUCAAAAUAUUUUAAAUAAUAAUAAAAAUAAUUCAGAAAAAACGGAUGAAAAAAAUCAAUUUACUUCCUCUAUUCCUUAUAAUACUUCCUUAUUGGCUAAUACAAAAUAUGUUGUAAUUGCUGAAAAUUUAUAUAUACCAUUUAUUAUUACAAAUAAUUUAAAAUAUAGCACAGACUUAACAACAAAAUAUUCUAGAGAAGCUCUUCUAUGUUUAUCCUUAUGUAGAUACGUUCAAAAUCCAUUAGAUGCAGUUUUAUCCUUAUUUGAAGAAGAAAACAAAAAUAUGUUUAACAUCUGUCUUCAUGAUUUACAAAAGUACAUCUGUGGAUACAAAUUAGAACACGUUUUUUAUAGAAUCAUUUUAGAUAUUGUAAAUAAAACAGGAUGUGAUAUUAAUUUUGUAAAAAAAAAAAAACAACAUUUUGGUAAUACACUAAGUUAUAUAUCAGGUUUAGGAUUACGAAAAAAGGAAGAACUAAUGAAAUUGUUACAUAAUAAAAAUUUAAAUACAAGAGAAGAUUUACUAACAUUAUCUUCAAAUAAAAAUUUAAUUGGAAAUUGUGUUUAUCUAAAUUGUGCAUCUUUUAUCCGUAUUAUCGGAAGUGGCAACGAAUAUGUAGAAGCAUUAGAUAAUACUCGUAUACACCCACUUAACUAUCAUGAUGUUAUUCUUGAUUUAUUUGUAAAUAGUGUUGAAAAUAAAAAAAAUAACUUUUUAAAAGAUACAAACUUAUAUGAUAUCGUGAACUAUAUUAUAGACAAAAAAAAAAUCAUAAAUAAUAUUGAAAUUAAAGAAUAUUCAAAGAAAUAUUAUUUCGAAAAAAAAAAUCAAAUAAAUAGUAACAAUACAAAUAUAUUUAUUUAUCCAUACUUAAAAUUUAUAAAAAAUGAAUUACUACACCCAUAUAAAGAUUAUAGAUGUCAAUAUGAAAAAAAAAGAGAAGAAGAAUUGUUCUACUUAAUAAUUAAUGAAAAAAAAGAAAAUCUAAUGGUAGGAUCAGAAGUUGUAUGUAAAAUGAAUUUUAUCAAUAAACAUAAUGGAAUAAUUAACGUAACAAUAUUGCCAUAUAAUAUAAAAGGUUACAUUAGUGAUUCUCGUGAUUUUUUAAAACAAUUAAAAAAUUAUUAUGUAGAUAAAAUGAAUUAUAUAAAUUCAAAUACAGAAAGUUUAAGUGAUAAAAAUUAUAAUAAUAAAUAUAAUCGUGUAAAAUUAAAAGAUGAUGAAUUUAUUAAUCAGUCAAUCAUUGGUGAAAUAAUUAAAGGAAGAAUAGCAUCAGUUAAAUAUAAUUUAUAUAAUACCUUUGAAACUAAUUUUCAAAUUGUUGUAACAGAUGAAAAUAAAAAAAAAAUAAAAAAACAACAAUUUCUAACUAAUCUAGUAGAACCCAUUCACUCUGAUAUCUUAUCACCAUUAACAGAAUUUGAUCUAGAUUAUAAUAGUAAUAAUCAUUUUAUUGAAAAUCAUUUUAAAAAAUUAAAUGACAAUGAAGAUAUAGACGAUUUUGAUGAAGAUGAAGGAGAUGAACAAAUGGAUGGAGGAUAUAAAAUGAGAAUUAAAAAUAAAAAUAAAUAUUAUCAAAAUAAAAAAUAUUCAACAAAUCCUAUUUUUAAAAUAUGGACAUACCAUGAAGUUCAUACUUACUUAAAACAACCAACUAUUUCAAUCGGUGAAUCUAUUAUUUAUCCAUCAAAUGAAAUAAAUAAAUUAUAUGUAAUAAUUAAAACAUGUGAUCAACCAUUUAUUAUAGCUAAGUUUACUAUAUAUGAAAAAAAUAUACAUCCAAAUAAUAUAAACAUAAAUAAAGCAUCACAACAGAUACAACAAAUAUUCAUCAUUAAUAAUGAACAAUAUAAAUCAAUGGAAAAUAUUGUUUCAUUAUUUUGUAAUAAUUUAAAAAAAAAUCUCUUAGAAUUAUAUAAUCAUCCAAAAUGUAAAAGAAAAAAAACUAUGGAACAAAUACGAAAAGAAUUGUCUCAAGAAAGUUUUCAAAAACCAGAUAAUAUUGUAUGGGCUUUAAUACCUCCAAUAUAUUUAACUAAUAAAAAAGAACAAGACAAUAACAAUGAUGAUAAGAAUAUGCAAGACAUUAAUCCUUUGCGUUUUACAUUAAUGGUUAUACCACCACAUCAUCAUCAAAAAAAUUAUUCAACAUAUAAUAAACAUCAAGACAAACAAGCAGAUCUUAUUUUUCUUCAAGACUCUAUAUAUGUAAAUCAUAAAUCAUUUAAAUUAUGGACAAAAGUUGAAAGAAGUUUUAAAGAUCUUAUUAUUUGGUGGAAAGAAAAAGGAUAUUGGAAUCGACAACAUGAACGACAAGAAUAUAUAAAUGAAAAACGGAUUAAAAUGGAGGAGUAUAAAAAAAUCAGAUCUGCCCAAAACUAA